AUGCUAGCCACGACCGCCGUGCCUGUCAAGACUGCUUACCUCUCAAUGGUCCUCGCCGUCGCCGCAGGCAGCCUCGCCGCUGCCAGCAACAACAAAUGCAAGGUACCCAGCGUGGACGUCCCGGCCUGCCCAGCCGUCGGCACGCUGCGCUUCGACAAGAGCGUGCCCGACCGCAAGGACGCCCCCGCGACGCAGGUCGACCUGUGCUACACGGACACGUCGCUCGCGAUUACGUUUACGGCGCGCAACGAGACGAAUUUCUUCUUUGACCCGAAGCAGGGCACCAACGGGGACAUUUGGGAGUACGAGGUCAUGGAGGCCUUCAUCUACAAGGGCACCGACGACCCGCAGACGUACCUCGAGUUCGAGGUGAACCCCAACAACGUCACGUACCAGGCCUUUGUCUACAACCCGUCCAAGGACCGUGCCGAGGGCGCGCCGUUUGACCACGCGUUCAUCACCAACCCGGCAGCGGAUGGGUUCGAGGCGACGACGGCGCUGGACAAGGCCAAGGAGACCUGGACGAGCAAGGUCAAGAUCCCGCUGGGGCUGUUCAAUGUGGACAAGGGCAAGGCAAAGGGCACAAAGUGGCGGAUGAACUUUUUCAGGACCGUUGUCAGCCCCCAGUCGUACCCAGACCAGGGCCUGAGCGCUUGGAGCGUGCCGGAUAAGGCGAGCUUCCACAUCUCAAAGUACUUUGGCAACGUCAACUUCGUCUAG